AGGGCUGCGGCGGGGUCUGGCAGAGUUAUGGGGCACAGUGGGGCUGGGGGGGCUCUGCGGGGCCGGGAGUCACCCCCUCACUGUGCCUCCCCCUCCCCCACACCAGGUGCCCUCGAUGACUUCGAGAAGGCCCGGCCCGGCCCCCCCGCCCCCCCCCCACCGCCCCACGUUCCCGGAGACCCCAAUGCCACUGAGAAACCCCCCGGCGCCGCAGCGCAGGAGUCGCUGUUCGCCUCGCAGGAGCGCUUCUUCCAGGAGCUGUUUGAUGGGGAAUUGGCCUCGCAGGCGUCCGCUGAGUUCGAGCGCGCCAUGAAGGAGCUGGCGGAGGAGGAACCGCACCUGGUGGAGCAGUUCCAGAAGCUGUCAGAGGCGGCGGGGAGAGUGGGCGGUGACGCUGCAUCCCAGCAGGAGUUCACCUCGUGCCUGAAGGAGACGCUGAGCGGCCUGGCCCGGAACGCCACCGACCUGCAGGGCUCGGCAGCGUCAGAGGAGGAUCUGGCGAAGGCCAUGGAAGGGCUGGGGCUGGAGGAGGGCAGCGGGGAGGGCGGCAUGCUGCCCGUGGUGCAGAGCGUGCUGCAGCACCUGCUGAGCCGUGAUGUGCUCUACCCAUCGCUCAAGGAGAUCACCGACAAGUACCCCGAGUGGCUGCAGCGGCACCGGGCGGCGCUGCCGGAGGAGCAGUACGAGCGGUACCGGGCACAGCACGGCGUCAUGGGCCGCAUCUGCCAGCAGCUGGAGGCUGAGCGACCCGAGGACAGCGAGGGGGACAGGCGGGCGCGCUUCGAGGCCGUGCUGGAGCUGAUGCAGCAGCUGCAGGAGCUGGGGCACCCGCCCAAGGAGCUGGCUGGCGAGGCGCCCCCUGGCUUCAACCUGGACCUGGAGGGGCUGACUCUGCCCGAGGCCACUGGCGAGCAGUGCCACGUGAUGUGACAGCGAUGUCCCCUCCCCGCUGCUGAGCGUUGAGGCCAGCCCCCAGCUCAUUAAUUAGGGUCAUUAACGCCCGACAAGGAUGAUGAGGACGAAGGACGGGCGUGUGGCUGCGUGGGCCGCAGAGCAGUGCUGGGUGCGGUGCUGGGUGCGGUGUCCCCGAUGUCCCCGAUGUCCCCGUGGCGAUGGGACGUCGCUUUGAGGGCAGGAGGAGUCGGGUGCCGGGCUGGGGGGGACGUUCCUGUCCCCAACCCCACAGCGCUGUCCCCACGCAUGGGGACAACCCGCAGGCGGUGAGCGGCCGCCACGGCCCCAAUAAAGGUGAUGGCAACCGCGGCGCCGCCGCAUGGCAGAG